GCAUUGCGUUAACCUGAUAAGUGUCCGAAGGUCAUAAAAACAAAAAAACAGUGCAAAAACUGUUCUCACAAAACCAUGGACAUUUCAGCUGUAAAUGCUCUUUCUUAUGAGGAAUUCGUGAAUAUUUUCGGAAAUGUGGUGGAAAAAUGCCCUCUAAUAACAGCCGCUGUGUGGACCAGCCAUCCCUUUAUGAGCAUAAAUGCUUUAAAAGCUGAAAUUAAUGACUUCAUCGAUGCUUUACCAGAGUCGGGUAAAGAAGGGAUCCUCAGGUGUCACCCAGAUCUCGCAGGCAGGGACCUCCACAGCGGUGCGCUGACCCGGGAGUCCCAAGAGGAACAAGCCCGAGCCGGGAUGGGAGAGCUGAGCCCGGCGGAGGCAUCGCGGAUGGCGCGACUCAACGAGAAGUACAAAGAGCGCUUCGGCUUCCCGUUUGUCAUCUGCGCUCGGAUGAAUGACAAGGCGCGUAUCUUGCGCGAGCUCUCCCAGCGCCUUCAGAACGAGCGCGCGGCGGAGAUAGCGCGCGGCAUCGCUGAGGUGAAGAAGAUCUGCCGCCUGCGUCUGCAAGCUCUAGUGCUCUCUGAAGCACCGAAGUUAUGAAACUAGGCAAUGAGGCUGCCUAUAUGACCGAGGGCUUCAAUAUUUCAAUAUAUUACAUUUAUAUUUUUAUUAUUUCAAAUGCAUAAUAUGAACUGUUAAAAACUGAUCAGUAAAAGCAGGUGACCAUGAUUUAAACUUACACAUACAAUGGAUGCACAUAUAUGAAAUAUACACAUUC